AUCAUGGGAGCUGCAGCAAAGGUUUUAAUUUGGCUGCUGAUGACAAUUUUUUGGGCUCUGAUUGGAAUCGGGCUUCCUAUUAUUAUUCCUGAAAAGAUCGACAACAGACGGUUGAUUCAGGCGAUGCUGGCUCUAACUGCAUUUUUCUGUUACACCUUCUGGCUAUGUACUUAUUUGAUGCAGCUCAACCCAUUGAUUGCCCCAGAGAUCAAAGUCGACGUGGCUUGGGCUAUCGUCAAGGAAUGGCAGAGUUAAAUGGAUGGAUUGUUCUAAGUGUUGCAUGAUAGAUCAAUAUCUCAAAAAGCGAACAUCUGAGGAUGUAACAUUUAAUGUGUAUAUUUAGGAGUAGAGGUAUUAAAUAUUAGCGCUGUGUCUGAAAAUUGAAAUUUGUAACCUUUUUCAUAGAGAAUUAAGCUUCAAUGCUUCUUCAAUGCAAUAAAUUCAUAAUUCUAUAACU